CCGCGAAUGCCAUAUCGUGCGUUUCGUAGGCGCGUUCUUCCGCGCGCUUAUCCCUCGUAAACUACGGGCCCGACGCGACAAGAACGGAGAGAGAAUUCGUCCUUUCGCGCUCGUCUCCCUCUCUCUCCCGCCGCCGAGUGUUUCGUCUUCGCGAGAGAAAGAAAAAGGGAAGGAAAAGCAGCGAGAAGGCAGUGCCACCGAUCGCCGCGAAGUUAGCCGCGCUCGGUGGGCGCGCGCGUUUCUCCCGCUUUCGACGCGGAAAGAGCGACAGUAAGUCGGGGGAGAGAGCGGAAGACGGAGCGAGCACGCGCGUGCUCGUGUUGCCACGAGAUCGACGACGCCCGGCCGAUUUCCGAUGUGUGGAAGGAAAGUGCGCGAGUCAACGGUGGUAGCGCGCGCGAAAUACGCGACAGUACCGUAGGCGGCCUGUGAUUGGUCGCCGCGGAACAUACGAUCAAAUACGACCGUUUCUCGAGCGCGCCGAUUCGUGUUAUCGCCCGGGCAUCCUCGCGAAGUGGUGAGAGACGAGCGGCGGGGGGGUGAGAGCUCCGGAUGGACGAUGACGCCGCGACGUCUGUAACAACCGUGUUCUCGCGUUCUCUCCGUCCGCGCGAAUCGACGGGCGUAUCGACGAGCGUCGCGCGGGUUAUGACGCGCCGCGCCGCUUAGGGACGCUUCCUAGCGCGUACACCGCGUCCAUCGAGUCCCCGACCCGGCACGACCGUGCGUGCGUGCGUGCGCGCGUGCGACACAGCGGCGACGAUGGAGCCCACCGACCCGACGGCCGAGUCUUGGUCGUCGGUGCCGGCGACGGGCAAGGGCUGCCUCGAGGCGUCGAUGCCGAGGAAAUUCCGCGAGGAGGCCCGCCGUGCGCGGGCCCCGGACCUCAACUGGGCGAUGUGUGUCCUCUGCGUCGCCAGCCUCGCCGUGUCCGGCGUGCUCUACUACCGCGAGCUCCUCCUGGAGUCCAGGAUCGCCAAUCUGGAGGCCCGCUGCCAGCAGCCGUCGGACGUCCUCGUGCAGACGCAGCCCGAGUCCAGCGCGGUCUUCAGGAUCAAGCGCGACGUCUCCGAAUGCAAUUGUCCUCAAGGUCCGCCCGGUGAGCCAGGUCCACCCGGCAAGCGGGGCAAGAAAGGGAAGAAGGGCGACCCCGGGGAACCCGGCGCGCCGGGUGUGGCCGGGACGCCGGGCAAGAACGGUUUUCCGGGACCCAUCGGCUUGGACGGACCCAAGGGUGACCCGGGCCGACCCGGGGACAAAGGACAGAAGGGUGAACUGGGCAGCCCCGGCUUCGACGUCUUUUCCGCAGUGAAGGUCAAUGCACAGGGAUUGGGGUUAAAGAGGUCGGUGACGACGCUCCGCGGCGGGACGCUCGGCUACGCGGAAAUCGUCGCCCUCAAGGGACUUCAGGAGCAAGGGCAUAAUAUCUCAACGCAGACCAUCAUACAACUGAAAGGAGAACCGGGAGAACCCGGACCACCGGGACCACCCGGCCCGCCAGGAGCCGAGGGUCUCCCCGGGCACGAAGGCAGACAAGGGAUUCCAGGUGAAGUCGGCGCGCCGGGGGAGAAGGGCGCACCCGGGCCGAACGGACCCGUCGGCCCGCCGGGAACGCCAGGACUUCCGGGUCCGAGGGGUGACAAGGGUGAGAAGGGCGAUCGGGGCUUCACGACGACCUUGAAGGGCGAGCAGUUCCCGAGUGGUGUAUUCGAAGGUCCGCCUGGUCCACCUGGACCACCUGGGCCCCAGGGCGAGAAGGGAGAACUGGGCCCGACGGGACCGCCCGGCCUGACCGGCGAGAAGGGCGCUCGGGGAAAGCCAGGGAAGAGGGGUUUCAAGGGUGAGAGCGGUGUGACCGUGGCGAGGGGUGCCCCCGGCCUGCCGGGUCCGAAGGGUGAGCCCGGCGAACGGGGUUACCGGGGCGAAAAAGGCGCCAAGGGAGACGUGGGUACACCAGGGCCCAAGGGAGACUUGGGACCGCAGGGCAUGCCCGGACUCAACGGAACCGAAGGCGAUCCCGGUAUCCAAGGACCCCCCGGAUUACCAGGAAUUUCCGGACCCAAAGGUGAAAAGGGCGAAUACGGCGACAUCGGUCCCCCGGGGCUUAUGGGACCACCGGGUCUACCUGGGCCGCCGGGCUAUCCUGGGCUGAAAGGCGAAAAGGGAGAAAAAGGCGAAUCGAAGUACAAAAAGCUCCGACGAAGACAGGGAGACGGCACGUUCGAGGUGAACGCCGGGGAAAUGAUAAUGGGACCGCCCGGACCUCCGGGACCCGCUGGUACCCCCGGCCUGCAAGGUCCGCCCGGAAUCAAGGGUGACAGAGGACACGAUGGCGCCAAGGGCGAUCCUGGAGAAAAGGGUGCCAAAGGGGAUCCUGGUCCGAUGGGACUGCCCGGCCCCAUGGGACUGAGAGGAGAGUCCGGAAAGCCCGGGGAUUCCGGGAAACCUGGCGCCAUGGGACCACCAGGAUUAGACGGCAUGAAGGGUGCGCAGGGCGAGCCAGGAACGAAGGGAGAGAGAGGAGAUCCGGGAUUGCCUGGUACCGACGGGAUUCCCGGCGCGGAGGGACCGAAGGGAGAGAAAGGUGCCAAAGGCGAAUCUGGCCCGCCGGGUAAACGCGGCAGAAAGGGUGACAAGGGCAACAAAGGAGACCAGGGUGUUCCAGGACUGGACGCGCCGUGUCCGCUGGGACCAGACGGACUUCCCUUACCAGGCUGCGGCUGGAGACCACCGCAGCAGGACAUCACAAGCACGUCCUCGCCGGCGAUCGAGGGUCCCGAGCCUGCGGAGACGGAUUACGAGGAGCCGGAGGAUGAAUACGACGACUACGCGGACCAAAACGGGAACCUAGCCGAGCAAUAAUGCUCGUUUUUGUGCGCUGCCCUAAUCACUACCGACAACUACCACCACAUCACCACCACCACCACCACUACCGCCACCCUCAUCACUCGUCUCACCCCAUUCUCCCAAACUAACGUGGUCCCGCCGAGGAGCAACAUCCUGAGCAGAUGGCUGGAGGAAGAGGAGGAGGAAGAGGAGGAAGCGGCGGGCGACGAGCGGCAGUGAUGUUGCAA